ACAAAUUCGAGGAGAUGAUGAGGGAAAACCAGCCGGGCUCCGGCGACGAACGGUGGCCGCUGGUGACUCAUUUUGUGGGGUGCAAGCCGUGCGGAAAGGCCGGGGAAUACCCUGCUGAGAAAUGCUUCACGGCAAUGGAGAGAGCGUUCAAUUUUGGGGACAAUCAGAUUCUUCAAAUGUAUGGAUUCACCCACGAGUCGCUGGGGAGCAGCAGAAGGGUUCAAGAAAUUAGAGAAAUUACUCAGAAUGAAGCUGGAUUUCCUUCAGCUGUGGAAGAACUAGAAGCUCCUUCUUCUUAAGGUAUUUCGUCACUGUUUUUUGUUUUUCUUUCUUGCUAGAUCCUUAGUUCAAUGUUUGUUCAUUCAUAGCCAUGUCUAUAAAUGUUGGGUUCUUAUUUUUUCUUCCAUUUUUUAAUUUAGUUGGUGGGAAAUAAGAGUAAAUAGCUUUCUGUAGACAGAAUAGAAUGUUUUCGUUCCUUAGACUCGAGAACGUUCUGAAGUGUAUGCAGAUCACAUGCUCCAUAAUUAAAUAAAUUUUUUUUUACUUUU